GUAGCUUCACACUUUCAAAUCAACAACAAACUGUUGCCCAUCGUUCUUCCACAGACCGAUUUGACCCGCACAUCUACUCAAAAACAAGACACUUAACUCCCUCAAUACCUAUGACACCCGGAAAUACAAUUAUAUCUUGCUCGGAACGAGUACCCGAGAGCAGAACGAACCAGAUUACCAGUUUAGCAGCAAAUCAACUUAUUCCAGCAACAUCAACAAGUCACGAAACAAGAGUGAGGCAUUUCCCAGAUCCAGCCCCGACCUUGAAUGAACCAGCAACCGCUGAUGAGCUCAUGGCGGCAGCUGGAUCUGGGAGCCCGAGCUCAUCUCAGGCAAGUAAAAAUUACUCUUGUACCGAACAAUCGCAUCUGGCAGCUUCUUUUACAUCGGCAGGUUUCCGUAACAUCACUGAUCCGCUUCAUCUGUCUCCUGAGCAACCAAUCUCAAACAAAUCAAGAGCAAAGCAUUUCCCUGAUCCAGCCCUGACCUUGAAUGUACCAGCAAUAGCUGACGAGCUCUUGGCGGCAGCUGGAUCCGGGAGCCCGAGCGCACCUCUGGCAAGUACAUCUCGCUCCAGUGCUGACCAACUCAAUCUGGCUCCUUCUGUCGCAUCAACAGGUUCCCUAGACGUUGAAGACGAAGAUCUGGCGCCACAAGGAUCGCGCACCUUUGCUAUACAAUGGAACGUUAGUGGCUUACGCACUCAUCGCAGUGAAUUACAACUUCUCCUCGCCAAAUACCAACCCGCUCUUGUAUGUCUGCACGAAACAAAUGCCCAAGAACUGAAAGUGCCAACUGAUUAUAUUGGAAAGGACUAUCAUUUGAUUCUGGGGCCUGGAGAUCCAGAUGUGACCACGUGUCGCAGAAAAUGGAUUUAUGAUCGAGCAAACUGGCGAUUAUUUGAAGGACUCACUUCCCAAAGCAUACGACCAGGACAAGCCCUAACUGUUAAGGAGUUUACAAGCAGGAUAAUAACUGCCGCAGAAGCAAGCAUCCCGAGAACAAGCGGUAAACCGGGUCGUAAAGCUGUAAGCUGGUGGAACCAAGACGUGGCACAAGCUGUUAAAACCAGACGGAAGCGGCUGAGAGCACUUCGUCGAAUGGAAGAAAACGACCCUCGGAAACCGGAAGCACUUAAACUGUUCCAGGAAGCUCGGAAGCACUGUCGGAAAAUCAUUCAAGAUGCAAAGCAGACCAGCUGGGAGAAUUUUGUCCAGAGUAUCAACACUGAAACAACUAGCAGUGAGGUUUGGAUCCGUGUCAACCGGUUGCUUGGAAAAAGACAAUCAAACAUGAUCUCGCUGAACCUUCCAGAUGGAUUUACAAACAACGGCAAAGCAGUUGCAAAUGCCUUAGCUGAAGAAUAUCACAAAAAAUCGUCGGAUGCAAACUACAAUGCCAAAUUCCUCAAGAAAAACCUAAAAAACAAGAAGAACAUCAGCAAAUCGAUUCGUCCAAACUUGUUCAAGCGGUACAACAUUGAUUUCUGUAUCGAAGAACUUCAGUGGGCACUGAAACGGCGAGGAGUUUAA